GCCGUCUCGGCGCUUUGGUGGCGAGAAGGGGAGAACAAUCGCAGGAAGCCACAGCCGCGCCAGGCGCCUCCGGGCCCAGGAGAACAAACAAGCCCGUCAGGCCGCCCGGGUCUUUCGCCCGCCUGAGGCAAAGGAGGGGAACCGGGCGGUGGGGACUGGGGGGCAGGCUGAGGUAACAACGGCGGCCGAAGCUCCUCCCCUGCUCGGGGCCGUUCUCUUCCCCGGCGGAGGAACAUUGUGACGCUGGCGGCGCUGGAACACCUGGAGCCACGGCGGCCGCGGGCGACGUGAGUGUUUGAAGAAAAUAACAAAAGAUGGACGACCACAAAUACAGUUAUUCAAGGGAAUUUUAUGAUCGGUAUGCCCAAGGCCAAGAGAAGUCUGUGGUCAAUAAAAUGCAGCAGAAAUACUGGAAGACAAAACAAACUCUUAUCAAAGUCACAGGAAAGAAGGAGGAUGAACAUGUGGUGGCCUCAGAUGCAGAUCUGGAUGCAAAACUGGAGCUCUUCCAUUCAAUUCAGAGGACGUGUAUGGAUUUACUUAAAGCAAUUGAACUAUAUCAAAAAAGGAUUUGUUUUCUGUCUCAAGAAGAAAAUGAAUUGGGGAAAUUUCUCCGAUCCCAAGGCUCUCAGGAUAAAACCAGAGCGGGCAAGAUGAUGCAAGCUACAGGAAAGGCCCUCUGCUUUUCCUCUCAACAAAGCUCCAGAUUGCACACAAGAUCAUUGGCCAGGAGUCCCUACACUUGCCAUUUUUGUUUUUGCUUUUUUGGUCACAGGUUGGCAUUGCGCACUCCUUUGUGCAGGCUAUACCAAGAAGUGGAGACAUUUAGGUACAGAGCUAUUUCCGAUACGUGGUUGACGGUCAAUCGAAUGGAGCAGUGCCGAACUGAAUACCGAGGAGCUUUAUUGUGGAUGAAAGAUGUGUCUCAAGAGCUGGAUCCUGAUCUUUACAAACAGAUGGAGAAGUUUAGGAAGGUCCAAGCACAAGUCCGCCAUGCAAAACUGAACUUUGACAAGCUGAAAACUGACGUUUGUCAAAAAGUGGAUCUUCUCGGAGCAAGCCGAUGUAAUCUUCUGUCUCAUGUGCUCACAACAUACCAGACAACCCUACUUCACUUUUGGGAAAAAACAUCUCAUACCAUGGCAGCUAUUCAUGAAAGUUUCAAAGGGUAUCAGCCUUAUGAAUUCAUGAUGCUAAAGAGCUUACAAGAGCCUGUAAAUAAACUAACGGAGAGUGAAGAAAAAGAGGAGGAAUUGCGGCUAGAGAGCGCCAGAUUAGAAGAUGAUCAGCAGAAUCAGUUGAUUUCAUUAGAUGAGGACAGCCACACCAAGGAAUCAACCAGCUCAGCAGAAGAAACUAAGGACAUCCUGAGUACUUUUGGGGAGAGCUUCAACCACAGAGAGAAUUCAGGAGCCAUAGAUGACUUAUUAGACUUGAAACCUGAAGAAAAUGCAUCAAUGGACCCGCUUGCAAAUUCUUUGGAGACUGAGGCUACUGAUAAGGAUGAUAUGGUAUUACUGAACGAGAUUCUCAAUGCAUCUUCUUUGGACGACGGCGAAUUCAGCAGAGAGUGGGCAGCUGUAUUUGGAGAGGACCCACUUGCUGACAUGCCCACAAGCUCUUCCGCAGGAGAAAUGGAGAACAAUCAGUCAUCAGCGUCAGGCUUCCUUCCUUCUCAGCUUUUAGACCAAAACAUGAAUGACUUGCAGUCCUCCCUUCAAGGUUGGGCAGCCAGCAGCAUCAGCCCUACGCCUGUCCCACAGACCGCCCAGAAAUCCAACAGCCUGAACACGACCGUCAACAAGACACCUAUGAAAGAAGCUGCAAGUUCCUCUAAAGAUCUAACGGCUUGGUUUAGCCUCUUUGCUGAUCUGGACCCCUUGUCCAACCCAGAUGCAGUUGGGAAAACAGAUAAAGAACACGAAUUGCUCAAUGCAUGAGUUGUCUGCCUGUGGUAACUCUCACUUCACCAUUCAAAAAUGCAUUUCUUGGGGCUUUAGAAGAGUUUAAAACCAGAUCAGUUUACUGUUGUACGACUUACUUCUCACUUCUGUGCCAUUCUAAUAAAAUCAAGGGAUUGACCUAACCCCUUUCUAUAGGUAACAGUUAUUUGCUCUUGUUUUGUACAAAGAGUUUGCAACUUCUUUUUUUGUAUGUGAAUGUACCAAACGAAGUUUUGAUUUAGAGAAGACUACUGAAUAGAUUAGUGUACUUGCUGUAACUUGGCAGGCAGAGUGCCACAGCUAACUCAAGAGUGAAAUAUAAAUAAUAAACCUAUUUUUUAUAUCUUU